AUGAUGAACAAAGACGAAAAUAAUGAUUUAUCCUUAAUAAGUUGGAAUAUUUUAGCUCCUUGCUGGGUUAAUAAAGAAUGGUAUCCAACUCUUUAUCAUUUAGCUGCGGAUUAUCAAGCAAGAAUCAAUAAAAUUGUCUCUCAUAUUUCUUCAUUGAAUUGUCAUGUUAUAAUGAUUCAAGAAGCACAAGAAGAUACGAUUCAUCUAUUCAAAGAGAAACUUGGUGGAAAUUAUCUGUAUGCAUUUUCUCCAAAUAAUCCAACUGCUGCAUCAAUUCCCAAUGGACUAUUGACUUUAAUUCAUCAAGAUUGGAAAUAUUUUACAGAAGUGAAAAUAAUCAAUGGAAUUCUCGAUUGUGAACGUGGUGAAGCAAUUCAAAUUGUUCAUAUACCAUCAAAGAAUAUUUCACUGGUUAAUCUACAUUUAGAUUUUACGCAUUCAGUAGCACAAUCAAAAAUGGUUCAUGAUAAAUUUUAUCAAUUACUCGGAGAUUAUUCUAAAUCUCCAUCGAUUAUUGUUGGUGAUUUCAAUGCUGAUUAUAAAAUUUAUAAUCAAUUUCAAUGGGACGAAUAUAAAAAUGUUUUUCAAGACGAGAAGAUUAUUCCAACUUGUUAUUUUGAUCCAUUUUGGAAUCGAACAAAUUCUUCUAUCGAUUAUAUUUGUUAUGAUUCGAAAAAAGUUCAAUUAAUUCAAUGUGGAAAGGGAUGGAAUGAUACUGAUCGAUCACUUGAAGAUGCGUUGAAAAAAUUUGGAAGUGAUCAUCUUAUUAUUUGGGCUAUUUUCUAUUUCCCUCAAAUAAAUCUGUGA